GGACUUGCAGGCGGGUGGCGGCGGCCGUGCUUGCUAGUGAGGGCGGGAGGGAGUGACUCACUGAGCUUGUGUGAGGGAGGGAGCGAGCGAGCGAGCAGCCCGCGCCGUCCUCCCGCAGCACCAGCCAGGCCACGCCGCCGCCUCUUCCCCUGCGCCCCGCGCCCAGGCCGGGCCGAGCCGAGCCGGGUCGGGCCCGGGCCAUGCUGCUCACCGUGUACUGUGUGCGGAGGGACCUCUCCGAGGUGACCUUUUCCCUCCAGGUCGACGCCGACUUCGAGCUGCACAACUUCCGCGCGCUGUGCGAGCUCGAGUCUGGCAUCCCCGCAGCCGAGAGCCAGAUCGUCUAUGCUGAAAGACCUCUCACAGACAACCACAGAUCAUUGGCUUCUUAUGGCUUGAAAGAUGGGGACGUUGUGAUUUUACGACAGAAGGAGAAUGCAGACCCUCGACCUCCAGUGCAGUUCCCAAACUUACCCCGAAUAGAUUUCAGUAGUAUAGCUGUGCCUGGCACAUCAAGUCCCCGGCAGCGCCAGCCACCAGGAACACAGCAGUCCCACUCAUCUCCUGGAGAAAUAACUUCAUCUCCUCAGGGCUUGGACAAUCCAGCCUUACUCCGAGAUAUGUUGCUGGCCAACCCGCAUGAGCUGUCCUUGCUGAAGGAACGCAAUCCACCCCUGGCAGAAGCUCUGCUCAGUGGAGACCUUGAGAAAUUUUCUAGAGUCCUGGUGGAGCAGCAGCAGGACCGAGCCCGGAGAGAGCAAGAAAGGAUUCGUCUGUUUUCUGCUGAUCCCUUUGACCUUGAAGCUCAGGCAAAGAUAGAAGAAGAUAUAAGGCAACAGAACAUUGAGGAAAACAUGACAAUAGCUAUGGAAGAGGCUCCGGAAAGUUUUGGCCAAGUAGUGAUGCUUUAUAUUAACUGCAAAGUGAAUGGACAUCCUGUGAAAGCCUUUGUUGACUCAGGUGCCCAGAUGACUAUUAUGAGCCAAGCUUGUGCAGAAAGGUGUAAUAUAAUGAGACUGGUGGACCGUCGGUGGGCAGGGAUUGCCAAAGGAGUGGGCACCCAGAAGAUUAUUGGAAGGGUACAUCUAGCUCAGGUUCAGAUUGAAGGAGAUUUUUUGCCAUGUUCCUUCUCUAUACUUGAGGAACAGCCCAUGGACAUGCUUCUGGGACUGGACAUGCUUAAACGGCACCAGUGUUCCAUUGACCUGAAGAAAAAUGUACUCGUGAUCGGCACCACAGGCUCCCAGACCACCUUUCUUCCUGAAGGAGAGCUACCAGAGUGCGCCCGGUUGGCAUAUGGGGCUGGAAGAGAGGAUGUACGGCCAGAGGAGAUUGCAGACCAAGAAUUAGCAGAAGCCCUUCAAAAAUCAGCAGAGGAUGCAGGUAUUUGGAAUGGCCGAACUCUUCAAUACUUGUUAUUGAUGGGUAAGCCAGGGGAGUGUGGGCUUCAGAAGGGGUAG